AUGUCGUCCGAGACCCAGGCACCAACGAAGACGUACCGCGGCAACUGCCAUUGCGGCGCCUUCGUCUAUGAGGCCGAGGUCCCCGAAAUCAAGAGCGCGAUGCAGUGUGGCUGUAGCAUCUGCUUCAAGAAAGGCUAUCUUCUCAUUUUCACGCCCGCUAGCACCGUGAAGAUCGUCAAGGGCAACUUGGAUGAUCUCACGACAUAUGAAUUUGGCAGCAAAAAGAUUUCUCACAUGUUCUGCCCCAAAUGCGGCGUCUCUGCGAUCGGGAAGGGAGACACUCCCAAUGGCACUUUGUUCAUUGUAUCCAAGGGAUGGAUACCCAUGCUCUGGAAAAGACCCCCUGGAGGUGAGAAGAUCGGACAAGAGCAUGUGGUGCCCGAAUACUCCGGCCCGGAACCGACCGCCGAGAUCGAGGGUUCGAGGAUGUACUACGGUAGCUGCCACUGCGGGGCUGUCACGUUCGCCUUGCGCAGCAAACCUAUCGACAAGAAUUAUGACGGGUUCGGGCCUGUCGCUCCAAUUGCGGAAUGCACCUGCAGUAUCUGUGAAAGGUACGGAGUGGUAUGGAUAUACCCCAAUAAAGACCAGCUUGUCAUUCAGGGGUGGGAUUCGAUCACCGAUUAUACCUUCAAUAGUGGAAUGGUGCUCAAGUCGUUCUGUAAGAAGUGCGGAGUUCUCAUCGCGAACAAAGUUAGGGACCUCACCCAGGAUGAGAUGGACAAACUGGACGAGGCGACCAGGGCCUUUGCGAAGGCGAACAACCUCUAUCCGGUAAAUAUCAGAGCGCUGGACAAUUUCACUCUCGAUGAGUUGGAUAUCAAGGUAGUCCCGGGUCACAAGCACGGCACACCCUACGUGAACCCUUAG